AUGGCGGUAUCUCCUCCGACUCGCGACUCGGCGGCGAGCAGAACGCAGCGGUGGUAUCUACUCCGUCUCGUGACUCAGCGGCGAGCAGAAACAUCGAGUUGCGGCGAUGGUAUCUCCUCCGACUCGCGACUCGGCGGCGAACAGAAAGCAGCGGUGCUACGGUGGUAUCUCCUCCGUCUCACGACUCACCGGCAACCGCGAUUGAUGCAGAAGCUAGAAUACAACGCAGCGGCAGGCGGGUACGACGAUUGA